CUUAUAAAUCCCAACUCGUACCAAUUGAAUAAUUCAUUCCUUUGUUUACCUUGUUAUUUCUCCCCCAUUUUGCUUUCAUGGCGUCCUAUGAGGUUGAAGUGAAGCUUUCCUCUGCCAACAACCUCAAGAACGUGAAUUGGCGGAACGGUCCUAACCGCCCAUACGCUGUUGUUUGGGUUGAUCCAUCACAAAAAUGUUCCACCAACGUCGCCGAGUUUGGUGAUACUCAACCAAAUUGGGAUGAGGAAUUCCUCAUCCCUUUGCCACCAUCGGCAAACAUCAACGAUUACAUCCUUUUCGUUGAUGUUCUCCACUCAGAACCGAAUGACAAGCCUCUUGUUAUCGGCUCAGCUCAACUUUCACUCAAUGAAGUCCAAAUUGGUGAUGGAUCAGUCAACCGUACAUUGAAGUUGAAGCGCCCUUCUGGACGCCCACAAGGAACGGUUGACAUUAAAGUCCAAAUAAAAAACAAAGGUUAUCAGGCUCCUUAUGGUGUCCCUCCUCCUUAUGGUGUUCCUCAACCUUAUGGUGUUCCUCCUCCUGCUCAACAACCUUAUGGAACUCCAUACGGUGCUCCUGCACCUGCACCGUAUGGAAAUUCAUACGGUGGAGGUGUGAGUGUAACAUAUGGAAAUCCAUACAAUACUACACCACCUCCUCUAGGCUACCCUGCACCUGCACCCACACCUGCACCGUAUGCGUACGGUCAGGGCAGCCAGCAAGGCUAUGGAAGUACACCAUCUGUGAAUGUGACUGUGGGAGGGGCUGUGGCACCGGAGAAGAUCAAUCUGAUUGGCCAACCCAACUACGGCUACGGUCAACAAGGUAGUGGUUAUGGACAACCUGCACCAACUGUCAAUGUGACUGUGGGAGGGGCGGCACCGGAGAAGAAUAGCGGCCAACCAAGCUAUGGAUAUGGUCAAAGUGGUCAGCAAGGCUAUGGUUCCAGCCAAAGUGUGCCUCCUGUGAAUGUGAAUGUGGGAAGGGAGGUGCAACAAGAGAAGAAAAGUAGCAAAUUUGGUUUGGGAGCAGGUUUGGUUAUGGGGGCUGUUGUGGGAGGAAUUGGUGCCCUAGCAUUGGAGAAAGGUAUUGAUCAUGUAGAAGACCAGAUUGCAGAUCGUGCGGCUGAGAAAGUGGAGGUGAAUGAGUACUAUGAAGAUUACUAUGAAGAGGAGGAGUACUAAGGGAUUAUUUUCCAUAAGAUUUCGAUGUAAUUUCAAUUUCGUCAAAUAAAGCAAACUUGUUAGAAUGAAAUGUAACAAUGAAAGUCAAUGUUGAAGUUAUUUUUAAAUGAAAUGAAA